AUGAAGUUGAUCAAUAAAAGAGUCCUAAAGGAUGUGGAGGAGGAACAGAUUUCUCUGCUGCCAGAAGACCCCGAGGACAUGUGGCAUGCCUACAACCUCAUCGUCCCCGGAGAUUUGGUGCACGCCCAUGCCUUACGAAAGGUCGUCACAGUCAACUCCGGCACAGGUGCAGCAGCGGCCGAACGAGUCCACACAGACCUGACCGUCAAGGUCAAAUCCACCUUCUUCGACCCCGUCAUUUCCUCCCUACGAGUCUCCGGUGUCGUCGCAUCCGAAAAUGACCAUGUCCCCAUGGGAUCCCAUCACACUCUCGACAUCGAAGUAAACCGAUCUUUCACCGUAAUCAAGCCCGACGGCUGGGAUUCCGUUUCCAAAACGACCCUAGCCCAAGCACUCUCCGACGACAAGAACGGUGCCAUGGCCGCUGUAGUCAUGCAAGAGGGCCUAGCCCACAUCUGCCUAAUAACUCAGUUCCGCACCGUUCUCAAGACUCGCGUAGAGAGUGUUGUUCCUAAGAAGCGCGAUACUGCUGCCGAUCAGGACGCUGGCCUCAAGCGAUUCUUCGACAAGACGCUCUCCUCACUACUACGCGCUGUCGACUUUUCAGACUCUCGGCCGCUCCUGCUAGCAAGUCCCGGAUUCGUGGCUCAAGAUUUCAAAGAGUACAUUGCAAAACAGGGUCGAGACAAGUCGGACAAGGUCCUCAACGCCGUUGCCAAGCAAGCUACCGUCAUUCACGCCAACUCUGGGCACAUAUACAGUCUAAACGAAGUCCUCAAAAGUCCCGAGGUGAUGGCCAAGAUGAAAGAUAUGAGCUACGUCAAGGAAGCACAGUACAUAGAUAAUUUCUUUGAACUUCUAAAGGCCGACGACGGGCGAGCCUGGUACGGUACGAAAGCGGUAGAAAAGGCGGUUGCUGACGGUGCAGUCGGACCCGGAGGCGGCGUUUUGCUCAUCAACAACUCAUUGUUCCGGAGUCAGGAUUUGGCAAUCCGCAAAAGAUAUGUCGCGUUGGUUGAUAAAGUUAAGAUUGAUGGGGGAGAAGCGAGGAUAUUGAGCAGCGACCAUGAGAGUGGGCAACGGUUGAAAAUGAUGGGCGAUAUUGCUGCUACGUUGAAUUACCCGAUGCUUGAUUUAGAUGAGGAAGAGGAGGAAGAGGCCGCACCGGAGGUUGUGCCUGAGCGAAAUCAUGAGGAUGAUCCUAGCAUGCUAGAGAGCGUCAUAUAG